AUAUGCAACCAGGCCGGGGGCCACACUGCGCGACACUCGUGAGUUUUGAUCAGUUUUCGAGGUUCGGGUGAUAAACGGACGGGAUAGUAUAUUGUUUAACACGAAAUUCGAAUUCAAAAAUCAAAACACGACCACCGACAUCGGCCUCUCGUUCGGCGGUUCGAUUGUUUUCUCCUCGCCGCAGCCGUCUGCCUCAAAUCGCAGACAGUUCGAAAUGACGAAACCUAGGCGUUCUGCCGGACCCGCUUUUAAGUAUCGCACGUGCGACACUUGCAUGUCGACGUUGUACUUCACGGAUUUGGAAACCCAUUUCACCGACCAUUGCCCGCCGAGCACGUCAAAUUGGACCCAGGCAUUCGUCAACGACCAUUGCCUUUACUCGUACGCCAAGCUGUACACGAAAGAUGACGAAUACAUGGUGGGAAAUGACAAUGUGGUCGUGCCGAUUGCUGCGAUUCAGUUGUGUGGCUUUAUGCUCGGUGAACCGGUCAUUGUGAAGUGUGGCAACAAGACUUUCGUCAAACACAUCUGGCCUUCAGACGAUUUGCCACUGUCAAGUGUAUAUUUCUCCAAAGAAGUAUUGACAAACGAAUUAGAUCUGUUAGAACAUGUUUCUAUAGAGCGAUUUAAAAUUCCACCUUCUGAAGCUCAAAAAAUUGAAAUCUGCUUAUCUAACAACGAUCAAUUACCAGAUGGAGAAUUCAUACGACACCUAUUAACUCACAUUUCUAAUAAAUAUGAAGGGCGUAUCAUCAAACCUUCAGAUUUCUUAUGUUUUGACUUUUAUGGACGUAGUCUAGUUUUAGAAGUAUCAAAAAUUUUUACUUUUCCUAAUGUUGAAUUAAACGAACAAAUGCAAACUAUGAAUUUAAACAAUGAACGAUUUUAUCAUAUUUCAAGUUCUACUACAUGGAAUAUAAUAAAUCAUCACAACAAAGAUAUUAUAACUUACCCAAUAUCAAAUGUUGGUGGAUUGUUUAAUAUCUAUGAAAAAGUAAUGAAUGUAAUACAGAAAUUAAAAUAUCAAAAUGUUUGCGGUUUUCUUUUACAUGGUAUUUCUGGAACUGGAAAAACAUUAUUAGCAAAAACUAUAACUUAUUCAUUGAAAAGACAUGUGGUUGAAAUAAAAGGUUGGGAAAUUCUAAGCAAGAUUUAUGGACAGUCGGAAGCAAAGUUAAAACUAUUUUUUGAAGAUGCUAUUAUUAAUUCUCCUAGUGUCAUCCUAAUUGAUAAGUUAGAAACAUUAAGCAAAUCAAAUGAAUCUUCAGACCUUGAAAGAAGGAUUAUGAAUACACUUCAAACAAUGUUUGAUUUGUUAAAAUCAACCAAACAUAAUGGAGUUGCUAUCAUUGGUACUACUUGCAACUUAAGUUCUGUUGAUAGCAAUUUACGGAGACCAGGAAGGUUUGAUUACGAGAUUGAAUUACCAGUACCAAAUGAAUUGCAACGUAAAGAUAUUUUGACAAAACAAUUGAAUCAUAUUCAACAAGAAAUAAGCGAAGAAGAAAUAACUUCCAUAGCAUAUCGAGCUCAAGGAUUUGUGGGAGCUGAUUUGUUAGCUGUAGUUAACCGCGCAUUAACUGAAGCAGCAAUUAAUAAUGAAAAUGUCACUUAUAAACAUAUGUGUACUGCUAUAACCCAAGUUAAACCGUCAGCCAUUAAGGAAGUAAUGGUUCAAGUACCUAAUGUCAAAUGGACAGAUAUAGGUGGUCAAGAUGACAUAAAAUUAAAACUAAAACAAGUUGUUGAAUGGCCUCUUAAACAUCCAGAAGCUUUUAAACGUAUGGGUAUCACUCCCCCGCGGGGUGUCCUAUUAUAUGGGCCUCCAGGUUGUUCUAAGACGAUGAUUGCUAAAGCUGUAGCAACAGAGAGUCACUUCAAUUUUAUAUCAGUAAAAGGACCUGAACUCUUCAAUAAAUAUGUUGGAGAAUCUGAACGUGCUGUCCGAGAAACAUUUAUGCGAGCUAGAAGUGUAGCUCCUUGCGUUGUAUUUUUUGACGAGUUGGAUGGUUUAGCUGGUGAAAGAGGUAUGGGAGACAGUGGAUCAAGUGGGGUUCACUCUAGAGUCUUAGCUCAAUUGUUAACAGAGUUAGAUGGUGUUCAACCAUUAGGGAAUGUCACUAUUUUAGCUGCAACCAAUAGGCCAGAUCUUAUUGAUUCGGCUCUCUUGAGACCAGGACGAUUAGAUCGUAAAGUAUAUGUUCCAUUACCAGAUAAAACUACACGUUUGGAGAUAUUAAAACUAAAACUUUCAAAAAUGCCAAUAUCAUCUGAUGUUGAUAUCAAUAAAUUAGUUGAACUUACUGAAAACUAUUCUGGUGCAGAAGUAAUUUCAAUAUGUCAUGAAGCUUCAUUGAAAGCUUUGGAAGACAAUAUAAAGGCAGAACAAGUAGAAAUGCAUCAUUUUGAAAUUUCACUUCAAUCAUUACGACCUCAGACACCAUUAUGGCUUUUAAAAAUAUAUGAAAAGUUUUCUGGAAUUCAAAGAUGAAUAAGACUGUUAAUAGAACACUUAAAAAUACAAUCAAAAUAUUACAGUUGUUUAGAGUGAUGAUUUAAAAAAUGUUGUUUUGACGUGCGUUGUUUAUUUAUUAAUUUUAGAAUAAAGUUUACCAGAUUCGUUUUUCACA